AUGGCUGCGCUCCCACCGGAAAGGACGGACGUAUCCAGACCAUUCACCAACACUGGCGUGGAUUUUACGGACCCGUUUGAGAUUAAAAAUUACACCGGCCGAGCAUGUCUCAUCACUAAAGGAUACGUUUGCGUCUUUGUAUGCUUUGCUACAAAGGCAAAACACCUAGAGGCAACUAGCGAUCUAUUGACAUCAACAUUCUUGGGUGCUUUUGCCAGGUUUGUAGCAAGACGAGGCUGUCCGCGUAAUGUGUACUCGGACAAUGGCACGAACUUUGUCGGAGCAAACAAAGCCUUAAGACAUGACUUUAAAAAAUUCACAACCGAAGCCUCACAUCUAACCAUGCAAUCAUAUCUUCAUCAAGAAGUCAACUGGCACUUCAUACCACCAGCAGCUCCUCACAUGGGAGGACUAUGGGAAGCAGGAGUGAAGAGCUUCAAAACCCAUUUUCGAAAGGUAGCAAAUGCGAUGCGUUUUACGAUAGAGGAAUUCUCGACUUUACUGGCCAAAAUAGAAGCAUGUCUUAACUCACGUCCGAUAAGUCCAAUUUCAGAUAAUCCUGAAUCGCUUGAGCCUCUAACCCCGGGACAUUUUUUAAUUGGAAGUCCGCUGCUCGCGAUCGCUGAACCAGAACUCAGCGGAAACCCGAUGUCAAUAAUCAACCGUUGGCAAUAG